AUGGUAGACAAUUCUUCUACUAAUACAACAAGUGAAAAAAUGUUUUUAGAUGAAAUUUCUUCAUGGCUGUGGAAAGUACUUGCGCCUAUAAUUUUUUCAUUUGGAAUAAUUGGAAACAUUCUUAUAGUUUUUAUUCUUAUCAAAAUGGAAUUCUGGAAGAAACUCACAUAUACUUUAAUACUAGUCUUAGCUAUUUCCGAUAUGAUGGUACUAGUAAGCGGAUUAUGUCGACGAUUCAUUUUAGAAAUAUUUGAGUUUGACAUUAGAACAAUAUCCAAUAUAGGGUGCAAAUUUUCGUUAUUCUUUGUAUAUUUUUCUAUGCAUAUUUCAUCUUGGACUUUAGUCUGCCUUUCAACUGAGAGAUUUAUCAGAGUAAAAUUUCCUUUAAAAUUCCUUGCAGGGAACAUAUCUACAAAGCUCAUUUUAUCAUACGUCAUCAUUUGUGUUCUAUUUGUUCUACUCGAUUCUCAUUUUUUCUGGACAAAUAGUUUAGUUAUUUCAGGCAAUAGUAAACAUUGCAAUAACACGUCCGAAAAUUAUUUCCAGUUUGAAGAACGAUACUUUUCAAUAGUAGACAUGCUAGUAUUGUCUGUGAUUCCAUGUGUUUUGAUAUUUCCAAUGAAUAUAUCUUUCUGGAUAGUUCUAAGGAAGUCUCGAAAAUUUCGCUUAAACAAUAUGCAACGAAACAUGAGAAAUGUUCGCCUUGGAAAAAACAAAUUUGAUGAACGAGGUAAAACGUUAACAACAAUGAUGUUCCUCACCAGUAUAUAUUUUCUAGGAGCAACCUUGCCGAUAUCUGUUUUGUUUAUUGUGGACUCAUACAUUCGACAAGACUUACUUACCAGUUUUAUGGUCUCUAAGUUGAACUUUGCAACGUCUUUGUUUUACUUAUUACAGUAUACAAACUAUUCUGUUAAUUUCUUCAUCUAUAUAACUAUAAACAGACAAUUUAGAAAGUGGCUUCCAUUUCAUACUUUGCUAAGGUAA